AUGAUGCGGUUUCAUGCGGCAUACGCUCGCCCCCGAAGGAAGUCUGAAUCCCAGAAGGCGGAGAAAACUGACACUGGUGUUGGGAAAAGCCCGAACAAGAACGACGAAAGGAAGGCGCUUCAAAAUAAUGUUUCUGUUCAAAGGGCAAUGGGUCUCCGACGAAAGUUUCAUAAAAAGUCGAUGUUGAGAAAACAAAGCACCGAUGGGGCGAAAGUGUACGACAAAGUAAUGAGAAGGUUACAACAGAUGUCAAGUGCGCUGGAAAGAUCAGAGACGCUCGAGAGAGAUUUCGAGAGGGAUUUAAAUGAUUUACUUGGAAAACUCCAGUGUGUCGAUUUCGAGGUUGUCAAAGAGCGAGCCAAAGGCCAGUUUCCUUCCAAAAACUAA